AUGACAGACAUCCCAAGGGCCUUAAACUGUUUUGUUCUCAAUAAUUUUAACUUAGAGACAAAGAAGAUAGUUCUUCAAAAAGGAGUUAUUGAUGUCACCAAAGAAUCAGUGAAAAAAAUUCUUGGAUUUCCUUUGGGAAGAAAACAGUUUUCAAAACUUCCGUUCAAAACAAAAGAAGAUAAAUGUUAUGAAGAAUGGACAAACCAAUUUGAAGACAAGAAGAUGAUUCAACUUCAAGAUAUAAAGAUGAAGAUUGUUUCCGCCAACAAGGAAGAUACGAAUUUCAGGAUGAAUUUCAUAGCUUUAUUGAUUAACUCGCUGAUAGAAUCAACCUCUUCAGGAAAAGCAAACACCAACACAUUGAACUACAUAUUGCUUUAUCUAGACAGAAUCAAAGCUGAUGUACUUAAGGUUGAAAGAACAUUUCUAGUGAUCUGCCACUGGACUUCAGAGAAGAUAAAGAUGACAGAAACAUUUGAAAAGGAUGAGCUUGGUGAUUUUGGAAUAGGGAAUUUUAACGAUGAGCUUUAUGAGGAAGUGGUUAUGAUCAACUUUGAUGCAGUUUUUAAAGAGAACAAUGAAGAUAAUCAAGAAAAGAAUGGGAAUGCUGAUGUUCAAGAUAACAAUAGUGAUGAUGUUGAAGAUGACAAUGGAGAUGAUAAUGAUGAAACAAAGAAAAAGAAUGGAGGGGGGAUAUUGAAGGAGGAACAUCAAGGAAAAAAUAAAGAUAAUGGAGGUGAAGAUAUUGAAAUAGCAGGAAAAAAUAAAGAUGGUGGGGAAGAUGAAACUGAUAAUAAUGAUCAAGGUUUGGAUGACAUGAAUUUACAUAAUGAAGUUGAUGAAAAUGAAAAAGGUGGUAAUAAUGAAGAAGAACAAAAUGAUGGAGGUGGAGGUUUAGAGAGUAAGAAUAUAGAAGGCAAGAAUGCUAACAAAGCAGAAGGAAGAACCGGUGAAGACACACAGAUAGUUGAAGAAGGUGUGGAGGGAAAGAAUCUAGAAGGAAUUAAUUCUGAUAAAGGAAAAGAAAUUACUGGUGAAGAACCACAGAUAAUUAGAGAAGGUAUGGAGGGGAAUAAUAUAGAAGGGAAUAAUGAUAAGAAAAGAGAAGGAAUAACUGGUGAACAACCACAGAGAGUUGAAGAAGGUGUGGAUGUGAAGAAUAUAGAAGGAAUGAAUGAUAAGAAAGGAAAAUGA